GUAGAAGACAAGUAUACUUCUGCAAGUCAGAGUACACUAGCACCACCUAUGGAUGUUUCUGAAAGUUCCAGAAGACCUUCUGAUGUUGUCAAGCUUGUUGAGGGAAAGGGUGACACUGGUGCUUGUGGCUGCAGUGAUGCUCUAAUAGAGCAGGUUCAACAUGAGGAACACUUCGAAGAGAGAAGCGAUACUAUCAACAUGAAACUUACUUCACAAAUAAGUGAAGUGAAACGACAACAAGAAAACGAGGGAAGAAACUUAUUGACCGAGGUCAUUACGACUGACAUCCAAAGCAUCGAAACAUUGCAAAACAUUGAGCUGCUCAGUCGUUCAGAAUCUGCAGCGAGGGUGUUGUCGAAGACUUCACCAACCACCAUUGACACCGUGGAAUCAUCUGCGAGCGAUACCUACAACGUGGGCCACAACGAAGGUUCAUGCACAAACCCAGACACGUGCCCUAUGUGCGAAGUUUCAGAGGUGACUGUGGUACCCCAACAGAUCAGCAAUGAGACAUAUGCUAUCCCCCGCGUUGGACUGAUUUCUUCCUCCCGCACAGCAGAGCUUCAGAACAGAGCAUCAUUCGACGUCUCUGUUCAGGUCGGUCCUGUGCUGUGUUCUCGUGGUGUGCAAACAGAGUUCAACGACAACCCAGCACCACUCUGUCCAGACACGGCCGAAGACCCGCGUGGCGGAUCAGAUGGAUUAAUGGAGAGGAUCGAAGUACUCCGGCUCUCCGAGGGGCUACUCCUGGCACAGGUCGGAACCAUGGAAACUGAACGACGAGAACUGCAGUGCAAAUCGAGGCGACUACGAGAUGAACUACAGGCCUGGCAGGAGACCGUGCAGCAGCAGCGUGUCCUACUGGAGCAGCUCAGAGAAGAAAUGGAGCACACGGAAAGUAUACUUUCUGCCGAAAGACAAGCAUCUGAUGACCUUCGCCAACAGCUCCAUGCGUUACAAGAAGAGCUGCGGACCAUAAAAGCACACAAGGAAUCCCAAAUAAAUGAAGGCUUCCUCAGGGCAGAAGAUGUCAGAUUAUGCAACCAUGAAGGUCACGCAUCAGGGGAAUCGCCAUUCACUGUGAAGCGAUUGGCACGCACGAAACACCACGUCACAGCUAAAGGUUCCUGCGAUUGCUUCCACGAGUAUUACGAAAGCGUAAAGGGCGGCUGCAUAUGCGAUGAUGACAGUCCUGACCCUACCCAAGGGCAAGCCAUCGUAAAGAGACAAGUAUCAUCAAGGGUCGCAAAGAAGGAGAAGCUAAGCUCUCAAACAGAGGAAGAGAAGCUCUCUGUGAUUGGCUGCGUGUACAAGGACCACCCUGAUGUGGGCAGGCAGACGCGGUUGGUCGGCACACCACACAACGAUGCUACGGGAAGGAAUAGCCAGAAAAGGCGUGAUGCGCACUCUGCACAUAGGGGCACUCGAAGUCCACAGCAAAUGUUAGAUCUGCUACGCAUGCAAAACGAACUGGAGCGCAAGAUGCGAGAAGUGCGCAAGACUGAACAGCAACUACGUGUCGUCACCACACCGAAGAGAAACAGCAAACGGUCGGCACAUUAGUACUGUACGUAGUUAGAUUACAAAUAUUUCUGAUAU